AUGGUCUUGUGCAGCGUUUGUGAGACUAUUCCUUGGGACAACCUCCCUCCGACGCCGACCAACGAAAUUCUUAUUGUCAGCAGCGACAAUGCUUAUCUUCAAGAAUUUUGGGAGUGGCCUCGGGACUGUAAAGGGUACUCCCACUACCAAAGCCUUGAAGCAUUGAACUCAUCGGCUGAAGACCUUGGCUGCGGGCUUUGUCGCCUGAUCUACAAGCAAGUGGAGUUUUGCCGACUGAAGCUGGAAGAGCUACAGUUGGGGCGGGAAGAAGACUCUGGGUUCAGACACGCUUGGCCUCUGUGGGAGUUCUGGAUCACAAAGCGACCGGAUGGGGACGGGUUUUGGGUCUUGAGCUACACAGAUAACAAUAGAGAAGGGCUAGAGCAGUCCCUACGACAACGGGGUCUGACAUAUUCUUUGCGCAGUUACUGCUGGGGAAAGUCUCCUCAGUACACCACCACAAAGUCCACACUCAACGACCGAAAGCGUCAGAUUCCCAUCUCCGACUUGCCACAAACGCACCAGGAUGCUAUCAAGUUAACUCGGGAGUUCGGCAUCGGAUACCUAUGGAUAGACAGCAUGUGUAUCUGCCAGGACGACUACGAUGACUGGGAACGAGAGUCGGCCCGCAUGCUAUCCGUCUACGCUAAUGCAUAUUUGACUAUCAAUGCAUCCAAGGGCAACGAUAGCUCUUCUGGUCUUUUCUACAAGUCAUCAACCAGAGAAUACUUCGAAUUUGAGCACACAUAUGGAGGCAUACGCGGCCGCGCACUUGCAUGCGAAGUUCCCUUCGAGGAAGCCAUGCAGCAUGCUUAUAUACAAUUGAAAGACGACCCAGUCUCGCAUCGAGGCUGGACUCUACAAGAACGUGUCUUAUCUCGUCGGACAUUAUUCUACAGCGGCGGCCAAAUGAUGUUUGAAUGCAAUCAUGGCUUUCGGAAAGAGGAUGGUUGGGCGAUAGAUGGACGAUUUCCGCGCAUCAGCUCUCAGCCACAGAUGGUAUCCAAUGAUCAAACUAAAGAUACAGAUCUCAGCGUUUCUACUAGCGAGCUGCUAAGGUCGUGGUACCAGCUACUCGCGACAUACGGAGGGCGAAAACUCACAAAACCUUCUGAUAAGCUGCCUGCUGUAUCUGGCCUUGCUAGUAUCAUGGCGGAGCGGCUCAAUGAUGAGUAUGUCGCAGGACACUGGCGUUCGUUACUUAUUACGGAGCUUCCUUGGCAGCCUGGAGACUGUAAAAGAGUUCCGGAGUACAGGGCGCCGUCUUGGUCCUGGGCUUCAGUAGAUGGAGGUAUCGGUAUUCGGCUCAAGGGUAGUGGAUAUUCUCCUUUAGCCGAAGUUCUUGACGUCAAGGUCAAUUUGAAAGGAACCAAUCCUUAUGGGGAGGUCACUGAGGGAAGGCUGCUUAUCCAAGGGCCGAUGCAGCGUCUUUGUCUUUCCACCGAAGGCUGGGAUCCCGAUCGACCACGACUCAGUUCUAAAGGUAGCCUAGUUCUAUGCACUACGAGUACUUAUCUGGAGACAAGGCCUCAGUAUGACUUUGAUGCCUUUGCCGACGACCGCCCCCGACUGGAGCGAAAGUUUGUGCAAAGCCUGGAUGGGCUUGAGCUUUAUGCUCUCAUUCUAUUGGCUUGUAGUCAUGGUGAGGACCACUACAUAGCUUUGAUGAUUGGGAGGGAACAAGGGAGUGGGGAAUAUAGGAGAGUGGGAAUUCUGACCUUGACUGAUGAAACACUGGGAUGGAAGCCUGGCGAGCAAAGGAAGGGUGAGCGUCCUAUCAUCACCCUCAUAUAA